AUGAGUCUUCCAAUCACUAAAGUCGCAGCAUGCCAUAUAUCUCCUGUGAUCCUGGAUAAAGAUGCCACAAUGAAGAAAGUUUUCAAAUCAAUCAGAGAAGCUGCUUCAAAUGGUGCAAACAUCAUUGUUUUCCCAGAGACUUUUGUUUCAGCAUUCCCACUUUGGAGUACUUGCAAAGCUCCUAUUGAUAACCAUCAUUUAUUUGUGAAAUUAGUUGAGAGCUCUCUGUAUAAAGCUUGUUCCAACUUUUUUGAAAAACUAUCUUGGGCUAAUGGUGAUGGUGUUGGCCUCAAUGUCGUUGAUUCCAAGUUUGGGAAGAUUGGUGCCUUGAUUUGUGGUGAAAAUACAAAUUCAUUAGCAAGGUUCACAUUGUUGAGUCAAGGCGAGCAAAUUCAUAUUUCGAUUUGGCCGCCUGCAGCAGAUUUCCAAAGACCUGGUGCUGCUAAAUCAUUUGAUAAUAUCGUUGCCAAUAAAAUUAGAUGUGGUGCUCAAUGUCUUGAAGGGAAAUGUUUUGGUGUUGUUUGCUCCUCAUUUGUUGACAAGGCAAUGCUUGAAUUUUUGAUCGAUGAUGACCCAUCAAAUAAAGAGUUCUAUGAGAAUAUGUCACAAGGUGCUACUUUCUUUUUGGAUCCUGCUGCUAUGGAGAUUGGUGAUUUUUUAAAAGAUGAGGAAGGUAUCGCCUAUGCUGUGUUUGACCUCAAUAAAACUAUUAUACCAAAGCAAUUUCACGAUCUAGUUGGUGGGUAUAAUAGAUUCGACGUGUUUAAAUUACGUGUAAACAGAGCUCCAAAUGUUCCUAUUGAGUUCCAAGAUUCGUUUGAUGCUUUUGAAAGCUAA